UCGACCGCACUCAUGUGAGACCCGAGGUACCGCCCAUGAUGAAGUGUCCGUGGUUGUUUGUGCUCACAGUUCUGUGUUUGAAAUGCGAUGGGGCUGGAAACAAGCCCAGGAGAGGCCGCGGCAGUAUGUGGUGGGGAUUAGCCAAAGCGGGAGAGCCAAAUAACUUGUCACCAAUGUCACCUGGAGUCCUUUAUAUGGAUCCAGCAGUUCAUGCAACACUGAGAAGGAAACAGAGGAGACUGGCCAGAGAAAACCCUGGCGUGUUAUUAGCCGUAGCCAAAGGCGCCAGCAUGGCUGUUGCAGAAUGUCAGCACCAAUUCAAGUACAGAAGAUGGAACUGUUCAACAAGGAACUUCUUACGAGGAAAGAACUUAUUUGGCAAGAUCGUCGACAGAAGUUGCCGCGAAACAGCAUUCAUCUACGCCAUCACCAGCGCUGGAGUGACUCACGCAGUCGCUCGCGCAUGUGCCGAGGGUUCCAUAGAGUCUUGCACUUGCGACUACUCGCACGUAGACCGCUCGCCGAUUCGCUCCCGCGCAGCUACAGCCGCGAACGUCCGCGUCUGGAAAUGGGGCGGAUGCAGCGACAACAUCGGCUUUGGCUUCAGAUUCAGUCGCGAAUUCGUCGACACUGGAGAAAGGGGGAAGACCUUGAGGGAGAAAAUGAAUCUUCAUAACAACGAAGCUGGCAGAGCGCACGUGCAAACAGAAAUGCGGCAGGAGUGUAAGUGCCACGGCAUGUCAGGUUCAUGUACCGUGAAGACCUGCUGGAUGAGACUGCCGAGUUUUCGCUCGGUAGGCGACGCAUUAAAAGAUCGUUUCGAUGGAGCUUCACGAGUCAUGAUGUCCAACACUGAUCUGGAGGCACCUACACAGCGGAACGACGCGGCGUCACACAGGGUGCCGCGCAAGGAACGGUACAAGUUCAAAUUACGGGCACUCAAUCAAGAUUACAAGAAUCCAGGAGUGAAAGACCUCGUAUAUCUGGAUCCUUCGCCAGGUUUCUGCGAAAAGAACCCUAGAUUAGGUAUUGCUGGGACGCAUGGGCGAGCUUGCAACGACACCAGUAUUGGAGUUGAUGGCUGCGACCUCAUGUGUUGCGGGCGAGGAUAUAAGACGGAAACAAUGUUCGUGGUGGAACGAUGUAACUGCACGUUCCACUGGUGCUGCGAAGUCAAAUGCAAACUCUGUCGCACGGAAAAAGUGGUUCACACGUGUUUAUAGGCGCGCGGACGCCAAUGACCCGAACUAGUACUGGUAGCGUCAUUUGUGAUCAAAAGUAACUAGUGUUGGAUGGUUGUGACUGUGACUUGGACGAAAGUGGACCUGUUUAAGUACUCGAGGGCAGAUAACGGACCUUGUACAUAAUCGCUUCACUUAUUCAUCUAUCGAAUUAUUCGAUAUCGUUUUUCACGUUGACUUAUGUAAAUAGUUCUUUACCACUGUUUUUACCUUCUUUAUGUACGAUAAUUGAUACGGCGUGAAAUUAAAAUAAGCUACUCGUUCGGUUAAUUUAUUUGGCUAUUAAGUGCGAACAUGUGAUCUAGUAAAUGUAAUUUUCUUUCUGGUGGAUACUGCGACGUUCGGAAAUUAAUGACUCCAGUUACUUUAUCGGCGACAUAUUUUUGUCAACCUGUCAUCCCCGUUUAAUAAACGAACUUGGGUUCAUUGGUUUCCUAACGCGGUAAGGGUCUAUUAUCAUGUGUUUAAUUAUCGUACUAAAAAUAAUCGCACCCAGUGAAGAGAUUAUGUGAAUGCUUGAAGGGACUUUGAUUGAUAUUUCUUAAUAUCAUUUCUAAAGUACAUUAAAUAUCUCGAAGUUGUAAAGCAAUGAGUAUUAAUGAACCGUAUUUAAUAUACUUUCUAUUUAGACUUCGGUGCGUGGACGCAUAACUGUUUUAAGAACCAAGAGCGAAAUUAUCUUGUAAUUAUAAUUUCAUAUUAUAAUUACGCCAGUUAAUGGAAAUUGUGGCUUAACGGCAUUAGCAUAAAGUUUCUUCUUGGGUGUCCGGUCGCAGGCUGCAUUCAGCCUUAUCAGUGAGUAAGUAGCACCAUCGUAAAAGUGUCCCACAUUACGAGAUAACCGCUCUCGUGGAGAAUUUUAAUUAAAUAUUAAAGGAAUUAAAUAAUCAGUAUUAUACGUAUUAUAUUUGUAUGCGUGUUGAGUCCGAUGUGUUGAGAUAAGGUGGCACGCAAACUCUUGACAUUUGUUAUAGGAUUUAUACAUUGCUCGUCCAUUUUAAGCAUGUUAUUUAUAAUAUAAAGUGCUUAUAAUAUUACUAACAACACUUGUAACUACUGUAUUGAAUUUAACCCGAAUAUGUGAUGGAAUUUUGACUGUAACAAAUCCGACACAUAAAUUUUUCAAAAAAUAAACAUUAUAACUUAAAAUAUUUACACGACACAAUAAAUUUGACAUAUUAUAAUAUUUCGAAAUAAUAUUUUGAUCAUUAAAGAUUUACUAAUUCUGACUGCCCGCAUUCUACAGACUUGCCGAUCAAUGAAUAGUAGCUUUAUUAUUUAUGAAAAUAGGUAUUUAUAUCAACGUGAAUGAUAUUUCAUAUGUGAUAUAAGAUAGUGUUAGCUAAUAAGUAUUAUAGAUAGCCAUCCUGUGAGCUUAAACUGUAUCAUAAAUAUCAUUGAACGCGUAGGAAUGUUUAAAAAUAACAAAUAUUUAUUGAACUUGUUUUAAUUUAUUUAAUUUUACUUUGAGAAUUGCCAUUCAAAGUAAAAUAAACUUUAGAAUAAGUGAAAAAAUCCGAGGUCAAAAAGAUCGGUGAUUUGCAGGUAUUGUACUUAAAUUUAUUAAUGUAUUUUGGGUUUUUUGUAAAUAGACAUUAAAAAGAAAAACAGUGUAAGCCUGGGUGCACACUACGGUUAUGUCGCAUAAUUUAAAAAAUCACACAAAAUGUUGAACUUUAUUAUAAUUUUAAUCGCAUGUGCAUGCACUGUCUACAUUUUGGCGAUAAAAUCGUAGUGUUUUCCAAGUUUAAAAUUACUGUGGAACUGAUACGUCGGAUUUAAAAGACUGAAGUUUUUUUUAAUUAUCGUAGAUUUAAUGUCCAUGACUGCAUUAAGCCUUUAGCCAUGUCUGAGUUUUAGAAAGAAAGCGAAUGUGAUAAAAACUUAUUUUAACUUAAUUUAAAACCAGUGUAUUCAAAAGUUGAUUUUGGUGCCAUUUUAAGCAUUUUACGCCUGACGGUAAUUCAUGUAACCAAUCAAAUUUCCGAUUAAAAUUUUACAUAUGUAAAUAUUGUCAUUAUUAGUAGAUAUAUUUUUUAAGUUAUUUAUGUGAAUGUAGCAUUUUUAUUGUUAAUUUUAGUGAACAAUACAAUUGAAAUCAGCUGAACUCAACUGAAUCUCAAAGCUUAUUGUUGUAUAAAGUAAUGUACUAUUGAAAUGAUAUUUCGUCCAAUGACCGCUUUUGGGGUUGACACAUUUGUAUUAAUAUUGGUUGUACAUUAGCAGUACCUAUUUAUAAUUAAAGUA